AUGUCUAAAGGAAAGUUUUCAUCGAGCGAUAACUAUCAGGGGCUUCAAGAAGCUAUCGAGGCUAUUAUGAGAGAAGAUGGUUCAGAUGUAGAGGUAGAUUUAGUUGCUCUGCCUCCGGAACCUAGUGUUCUCACUGAUGAAGAGGAAGGCGACGAUGACAAAAUCAUGACCAAUGAUUUUCCUAAGGACAUACCGGGAAAUGUUGAAGUUUUUAUCAACAGGAAUGAUGAUGAAUGGGAUAGUAGUGAUGAAGAACCUUUAGCGACGACUGCAGCAAAGAAAAGACGAACCGAUAACCUUCCAGGUCCUCGUUGGCGUAAAUGCCACCCUACCUAUGAUUCCAUAAUAUUUGAUGAAAAUAAUGUCCAAGAAAGACGCGAAAAGAUGGUUAGCGAUCUAAAAGACCUAAAUCCUGUUGCAAUUUUUGAAAAAAUGUUUGAUAACGAGAUAAUUUCCAUGAUCAUUCAAAAUUCUAAAUUGUAUUCCGCACAAAAAAAUAAGCAUGAUUUUGAUAUUACAGAAGAACAAUUGAAAACAUUUUUAGGCAUCCUUCUUCUAACCGGUUAUCACACUUUACCUAGGGAGCGUCUUUACUGGUCUUUGGAUGAGGAUUGUAACGUACCCAUUGUAUCUAAAGCAAUGACUAGAAACUGUUUCUUAGAGAUAAAAAAGUUCCUUCACUUUUGUGACAAUGAAGUCGCUGCUGAGACAUCGGAUAAAAUGUUCAAAAUACGACCUCUUGUUUUGGAUUGCUACGCGAAUUACGUGGAACGGGUUAUCGUGCAACUGGGACUGUCCGAGAAGGACGAACUGGAAAAUGUCCUCUAA